ACGAGGAAUUAUGCUUGACGACACAGGAAUACUCUAGCAGCAAUUGAAGGUAAGGUUCGGCGAAGAGCGAAAAGGAGGGAGGCCGUGAAGAAGGACGUCGAAAGAGAAAGCUCCCUCACCGGCGACCAGGAGGACUCGGAGAGGAGAGGACAGCGCAGGGCUCCUGUUUCACUCGCCUUACAUGUCUCCCGAGUCUGUCUUGGCCUACACGGGUGGCGGCGCCUCCUCGACGCGUGCGCGAUGGCGCCCAAUCAAAUGCCGUGAUUGGGCGCACAGCCCUCCUGCCCGUGAUCGCGUUUCCCUCUUCUCAGUGGCCGGGCCCUCCCCACGUCCGCUUCGGACCAUCAUCGACGCGUACACAGGUGUACGCGUUCUCUGCGAGUGUACGACUUCUCCCUCAAACGCUCCUCCAGGAUGUUCGCCACGCUGCAGGACGAACAGGGGUGCACGUCGAACCCUAGCUGGACAAGUACCGACAGGAGCCACUACGAACAAGCCCAAAAUCGGGUGCCUAAUCGCCGGUGCUGGAGCCGUGUCUCACACUCAGCCCUGCACCAGCCUGGGAGCAAGGCCGCACCGCCCGCCGGGAAGAGUUCACGCGGGGUGUUGUCAUAUUCUUUUCCUCCUACCCUCAUCUCCUGGUGAAUGGGCCUCGAGUCUCGACGUCAGCCAUGACUGCCCUUGUCAAGAAACUGCAGCUUCGUCAUGCUGGAUUCCUCAACACGGCCUCGAACCGCUCCAUCUACUUAGGCUCUUGACUCCGCAGGGGAACCCGAGCGCCUCGCCCACUGUAACCUCAAGCUACCGAGUGAAUUGCUCGUGGGUCACAGCAACCCGCGUAUUGACGGUGGCGAGCUUUGAGCUCAUCAAGAAAGUCACAAUCAUUCGUAAAUGAAAUCGCUCGGGGAGGUCUCCGCCACUCUAUGCUGAAGAAGAAGAAGGGAGUAGCUGGGGCAGGGCCAAUGGUUCUCGGGCCCGCUACUGCAUCGU